AUGGUUGUUGUGGGAGCGAGUAACGGAACCUUCUCGGUGGAGGACCGAGACUCCGGGGUCCCGGGGGUCCCGGGGGUCUCCGGGGUCUCGGUCCUCCGGAUGCUGUCCGAGGCUCUGGCUCCGCGGCUGCUGCAGAUUGCGCAAGACACCGCGGAGGCUGCUGCGGUGUCUCCGUCCUCCUCCGGUCCUCCGCGGGACACGUGGACCACCGGGACCACCGGGACCACCGGGACCCGGUGCGCGGAGCAGAUCCUGAGCCACGGCCGCGGUGAGAAGCUCCUGCUCGGCCUGGUCCUCACCGUGCUCACCCUCUCCACCAUCUGCGGGAACCUGCUGGUCCUGGUCUCCGUGAGCUGCGUGAAGAAGCUGCGGCAGCCGUCCAACCUGCUGGUCGCGUCCCUGGCCGUGGCCGACCUGUCCGUGGCCGUGGCCGUGAUGCCCUUCGUCAGCGUCACGGACCUGAUCGGGGGUCAGUGGUUCUUCGGUCGGUUCUUCUGUAACGUCUUCAUCGCCAUGGACGUGAUGUGCUGCACCGCGUCCAUCAUGACUCUGUGCGUGAUCAGCAUCGACAGAUACCUGGGCAUCACCAAACCUCUGACCUAUCCCGUCCGGCAGAGCGGCGGCCGCAUGGCCCGGAUGAUCGUGUGUGUGUGGCUGCUCUCGGCUUCCAUCACCCUCCCCCCGCUGUUCGGCUGGGCGCAGAACCUCAACGACGGCCGGGUGUGCCUCAUCAGUCAGGACCUCGGCUACACCGUCUACUCCACGGCCGUGGCCUUCUACAUCCCCAUGUCCGUGAUGCUGGUCAUGUACCACAGGAUCUACAGAGCAGCCCAGCUCAGCGCCGCCAAACACACCAUCACCGGGUUCCCCAGGGAGGGAGCAGGGCCGGGGCCCGGGGGGGGGCGAGGGGGGCCGGGUCCCCAGCCGCUGGAGUCGGGGGAGACGCUGAGCGUGGAGGGGACGGAGGUGGAGGAGGAAGAGGAGGAGAAGGAAGAGGAGGAAGAGGAGGAGGAGAGCUUGGACUGCGUGGCAGCGGCGCUGAAGCUGCAGCGGGAGGUGGAGGAGGAGUGCAGCACGCGAGUGUCCCGCCUCCUCAAGACCGGCGAGCACCACCAACGCCGGAAAAGGAAAAACCAGUCCAUCUUCAAACGGGAGCAGAAGGCCGCCGCCACGCUGGGCGUCGUGGUCGGCGCCUUCACCUUCUGCUGGCUGCCGUUCUUCCUGGUGUCCACCGCCAGGCCGUUCGUCUGCGGCGUGGAGUGCAGCUGCGUGCCGCUCUGGCUGGAGAGGACGCUGCUGUGGCUCGGUUACGCCAACUCGCUCAUCAACCCCUUCAUCUACGCCUUCUUCAACCGGGACCUGAGGACCACGUACCGCCACCUGCUGCGCUGCCGCUUCAGGAACAUCAACAGGAAGCUGUCGGCCGUCGGGAUGCAUGAGGCUCUGAAGCUGGUGGUGAAACCAGACUGUGACGUGUGA